UUGAAAGAAGUAGGCUCAGCCAGGGAUAUACAAGCAAGCGAAAUUAUCCAUGUGAUGGUGCCUAAGUUUGAGCCUAUUACAAGAGAACAAUACGAUCUUGCCAACAGUGUAUGGCCGUGUUACUUGUAUAAUCGGCACAAAGAAAAAAUAGAUGAAAGAGAGGUGAAUCAUCAAGCCGAUAUUUUAGUGGAUAAAAUUCUUGAAUAUGGUCUAGAAGAGAUAGAAGAUAGUCACUAUUGCUCAGGUCUAUGUCUGGUGUUUGAUGGAUGUGAGCUCAUUGCAUCCAAUAUUGAUCAAGAGUCGGUUAUUUACCAUGGAGUAACUGAUUGCAUUAGCAGGGUCAGCAGAAGUAGGCGAGGAUAUCUGUGUACAGGCUACACAGCCUUUCUUUACAGGGAGCCUUGCAUGUCCUGUGCCAUGGCAUUUGUCCAUGGUAGAAUCAAGAGUGUUUUUGUGCUGAAAAGGACAAAUAAAGGGUCAUUUUCAAAGCAUAAGCUGAAUUAUAAUAAGGCCUUAAAUCAUAGAUUUAACGUGUAUUUUUACACCCCUAGCAAUUAG